AUGAAUAUCAGUCAGGAGGCAACAGCAGCACAAGAUGCGGCAACAACAGCACAGCAGCUCUCAACAGUGCAGUGGGAUCCUUCGAUCCCAGACCCCACACUUCAACCGGACCUCCCGGAGUUCUGCAGCGAAGAAGAGAAACAGAGAGCCUUAAGUGCAGCUUUAAGCGCAGCAGCCGAAGCGCUGCAACAGGAGCAGCAGGACUCUCACGAGGAGGGCGAGCCAGCAGCAGCAGCAGCGUGCUGCUUUCCCUGCAGCAGUGAACCGGCAGCUGCCCCCUCUGCGUCGUCUUGGGUGGGUGUACAGCGGAAGGAGGGGGGAGAAGAAGGCGAGGAGGAACUGCUGGUUUCAGAAGAAGCCCUUGCGCGUUUGUCAAGCAAACAAUUGAACUCUUUGAUUGAAAACCGGCUUCAGGAUGAGUUGCGGAAGGCCCCUUCUGUGUCUCGACAGGAGCGGUUGAGCGUUGAGGAAGGCAUUGUUUCUUUCAGUUCUUUUCUAACAGUUAAGACGCCAGACUUAGACAUGAAAAACUUGGGCAAACCCCAGCCCCUGACAGCCUUCCUCCCCCCGUCCCCCCUCUUCACGUUCGACGGAAAGCUCGGCCUCGACUGUAAAGCAUUUAAAAUCAACUUCUUUGAUGCGGCAGCGAACAUCGUUCCUCCAUUCUUCCUCAAGCAAGGAGAAACCCUCUCCAAACAACAGCAACAAGUUCUAGACAGCGGAGUAUCCAAUGCAACCGAGAUUGACCUCUUCGGUCCCGACGCUAUUCACUCCCUCAGACAGGACCUCAAUGCAGCGCGCAAAGAUCUCUUGGCAGCAUGA